AGGUAUAUGAGUACCCAAUCAGACUUUCCCAAUAUAUCUAUAUCUUAGAGAGAGAACUAAAAAAGAAAUGGCAGGAAUCGUUCAGAAGAUCGGGGAUUUGAUUCACCACGACAAGCCGGCGGAAGCCCAUAAGGACAGCGACAAGUCGUCGGGAACCCACCAUUCCAGCGAUCCCGAGGCGGCGCACAAAGACAAGGGACUCGUCGAGAAGAUCAAGGACAAGAUCCACGGCGGAGGGGAGACGGACUCCCACAGCAAGUCGGCGGAAGCCCACCAUUCCGGCGAAGCGGGGUCGAAAGACAAAGGAAUCGUCGACAAGAUCAAGGACAAGAUCCACCACGAAGGAGGCGAGAAACAGGGCAAGGACAAGAAGGACAAGAAAGACAAGAAAAAGAAGAAGGAGAAGAAGUCCGACCACGAGCACGGCGGCGACAGCAGUAGCAGCGACAGCGAUUAGACCCGUCCGCCGGCGAUGGAUCGGAGUUCUUUGGGAUUCUGAUGAAUAAAUGAAAUGUGUACGGCCGCUGGGAUUGUUUUGUAAUUCUGUAAUUCUAUGAGGACAUGUGUGUUCACA